UUUGUAUAACUUUUUUUUUUUAAAAAAUUAUGUUUAUCAAUGGACUUUAUUGGUGAAAAAGUAGUGGCCAGAAAGGAUCUAAGCAAAAAGGUAAAGAAGGAGCUGAAGGGGGUCAGAGAAAUCUCAUCUUAACCUUGUGUCCAACAAAGAACUGAAUUGGUUAGCAAGAUAUUAGCGAACAAGAAUUGAAAGAUUAUCGGAAAAUAAUCUGACUCUCUCCAGCUGUCAGUUGCUGAGUAGUUCAGCGAAAGAAGAGACCGAAUCUUCUAUGCGUUGGAUAAUAUUUUGUGGAAGAAUGCCUUUACGAACAUGCAUGCAAACUUUGCUCAGGGUACUUUUCGUUCUUGGGUUCGGCGGUAUUUUUACAAUUAUGCAAAAGAAUGAAGUGAAAUGGGACUAUCUUGUAUAUACCCAGAUCUGGCCACAAUCUGCUUGUAUUGAAAUAAAUGAAACAAUAGGAGAUGGCAAAUGUGUGAUGCCUAACAAUGUUAAGUCCUGGACAAUCCAUGGUAUAUGGCCAGAUGUACAUAUAGGAAAAAAUCCAUCAUAUUGCAAUGAUUCUUGGCCAUUUGUUCCUAAUGAUAUAAAGGAUAUUCAACCUGAUUUAGAAAUACACUGGCCUAAUUUGAUACUCGGUGACAAAGUAUCAGCAUUUUGGAAACACGAAUGGGUCAAGCAUGGGACAUGUGCUACCUCACUUCCUUCCUUAGAUUCUGAACAUAAAUAUUUCCAAGCCGGAUUGAAUUUGCGACAAAAGUUUGAUCUGAGCAAAAUGCUGUCAGCUGCAGGAAUUGUUCCAUCUCUUAAUACUUCAAUAAAGCUUGACAGGUUACGAAAUGUCAUCAAAGCCAAUACAAAUUCCCAUACAAGACUACUAUGCAUGGAAACUAAGACGAAAACUGAACAAAUUAUAGCACAAAUUGAAAUAUGCUUGGAUAAAUCUUUUUCUCCUAUCGACUGUGAUCAAUCAAAAUACAAUUUGGAAACACCAUCUACUUUUCAAGAAAAUCCCAGGUUUAUGAGGCUUAAAAGAAGCAACACUGUGUGGGAUCCGUAUCCGUACUUUCCGAAUUUCAUGGACUGCAAAGAUGAACUACCGAUCAAGUACUUACCCAUUGUGCCAUCUCUUGCUUAAGAAUUAUGAAGCCAUUUGUAAAGAAAAUGUUAUUGAAUCUUGUAGCUUGUUUUGAGAAUAUUACUUUGUCAUUUUCCUAAUCAUUUCUUUAAGUAUUAGCAUUGCUGUAUGUUUUGGUAUCGAAGAAUUCUGUCUUGUCAAUUAAUUUUGAUUUUGAAUAUCCUGACUUGAUCAAUUCUGCAUAUAUCACUGUAAAAAUCUGUAGAUUUGAUCAAUUUUUUUUUUGGUGUCAAAUUUAUCCCGAUCCCGAUCUCAUUUAGACAUUAUCGCUUUAGAUAUUUCAGGGUUGCAAUCUGUAAAUAUAAAUGCUUUCGAAUUGAAGUUAGGAGUAUAUUCAUGUUUGAUUGGCCAGCCAUGAUACUGUGUGCGUUCUCACUAUCAUUAUAUAUAUAGUUUCAAGUAUAUACACAAUAAUAUCUACGUACUAAAAUAUGGACGCCCAAAAAUAUUGCUACUUUAUGAUCCAUCCUAAGGUUAUCAAAACCAUAUUGUUUCUUGUAAUGUUACAAUUAAAUUUAGACAAAUAUCUCAGAACAAAUUAUCCUUGUAUUCAGGCUUACAAUGUUAUUAUCCACCACUCACUAAAUCUAGUGACUCAAUUUCGAACUUUCUAAAUCAGUGGCUUCCAAACCGCGGGGCCAAUUACAGCCCGAGUAACGAUUUAAUAUGGCCCGCCGAACUUGAGUAACAUAGUUUCACACUUUUUUUUUUGUAUUUUACCCUAAAUACCGCCAAUUGUCACGUCAUUAUCACAGUUUAUAUUCGUAACAAUUCAGUUUCGGUAUCUUAAUUAUUUAUGUACCGGUACCGUUAUCGACCCCUUGCGUGCGCUCCCCUCUCCCGCCCCGCGAAUAUCCUUCAACUUCUAAUUUUGUCCCGCGGUCAAUCAAUUUUGGGAACCACUGUUCUUAAUUGAUUGAGUGAGCACUAAAAUGAUAGCUACUUAAGCAUUUGUCACUAUGAUUUCAUUAUAAAAUUUUCUAAGUUCGAAUUCACUAAUUUAUAAAAACAGUAUUAUCUAAUGGUAUUAAUAUAACUUUUCUAUAAACCAAAUCUUUGAGCAUGACAGUUGUAUGUUUAAAUCAACGUACAUGGUAAGUUAUGUCAAGGUCAAAGUUGUUUACUCAAUAUUGACAUAACCCAUGUAGGACUUGUGUUGCAUAGUCGUCUGUCUGAAUCUCGAUUUUGUUUAUUUGGGGACUGUUAUGUUCCAAUCCAUCGUUAAUACUACUAAUAUUUCUACAUUUCUGGAAUACCUCAUUCAGAAAUUUAGCCGUUUUACCAACAUAAUCAAUUAUAAUAAUCAAUUUUUCCAAACACGGUUCUCAUAGGGAGACAACGCUAUAAUAUUUACUAUACAGAUGCAAUCUUCCAUAUAAGUAUAUGUAGUUGUGAAAUACCGAUCAGAAUUACCUCUAACCUUGUAUAAUUACUUUAGAGUGUUUUAUUUAGUAUGAAUUUGAUGAUAAAUUUUUCAAUUGUAAUAUUGCAAUUCAAUAGCAUACCAUACAUAACAUGUAGAUUGUAAACAACCAAAAUAACAUUGAAAAAUUUUGUGUGUCCAGUUGCUAACUUAUUAAUUCGAUUUUCGUCGGCAAUCGGCAUUCUUAGUACAUAUUCUUUCUGUGAUUUCAUGAAAUCUUACGAUAAUAUUUUUUAAUGAGAUGUAAAAAAAAAUUUUGCAAUACAUUUUUGCUCUUUGUUGCUACGUUUUGCAUAUUACUAAUUUCGUUCCUCACUUGAUUAUCACUUUCUUAUUGGUUAAAAAUAUUAUUAACUUUUCCUGUGUAUGUCUGAAUAAUAUUUUCUACUGUGACAUAUUCUAUUUAUCAUCACCGUGUCUGUGUUCUACAUAUUGUCAUUUCAAAAUAUUCCAUAUAUUGCUUAUGUUAUAUUGUCUGUUCAAAGAGAUCAAGAAGAAAAUUUACUAUAUCGUUUAAAGCCGUUUUGUGCAUCAGUAGUAUAACACCAUACACAUUAACGAUUUAACUUCAGUACAUAAGCUGAAAUGAAAUUAUUAUUUUUUAAUUUCACUAUUGUUCGCAUUGUUUUUAUUUUGACUGAAUGAAUGAUUAUGAAUUAUGUUUAACUCCCGAAUACCGGAACGCCCUUCUUGUGAAAAUAGUUUAUUUGAAUUUUCUUUUAAUAUUUCAAAAUUUCAAACCUUUGUCAUUUUAGACAAUACGAAAUGGUAUUCAUCGCCAAUUGUGACGAAUUUUGAAUGGUGUUUCCCAUUAGUGGCAAUGAUUUGGAACAUUGUAACUCAACCUUUUUAUUUUUUUCAUGGACUGUGAUAUUUUUCGAUACUAAAUGCGACUAUAGCGAACCACUUUCGUGGGUCUUUUCUGAUUUCCACAAUUGGAAAACAUACCAUCUAAUUUUUCAAUGUUAUUGUUUUUUUGUCAAUAUAUAUUCCAUGCCCAUGACUAUAUUUCGAUUUUAUGCAUCGUGUCAUUUAGUUUUCGCAAUUCAGUUUUUCAAAAUCAAUUUCAUUUUUCUUAAUCAAUUUAUAAUUAUAGAUCUUUGGUGUUCUCAAAUUAUCUUCUUCAGUUCUGGUAUGUCGUUCCUCCUUUUUUAUCAAAUAUGUACUGUAUCGAAGAACAUUCUAACUGUACUAGAGCUGUAUGACGAAUGAUACUCCGAAUAUUUAUAAACGAUUUGAUUUUUAAACACGCUCCCGGUCCUGAUUAACAUAAUUCAUGCCGUCUAGUUUUCUUAAUUUCUUACCACGUAGCACACGUUCAAUUUUGCCCCAUUGAUCAUCUGAUUGUGAAUUUUUCAAACAACGUGCACUGACAGAAAUUGCAUCCUAUAAAUGAUGUUCUGUUGAAAGCAAACAAUAUUGAAUUCUUAACCAUCACUAUAGUGGCAACUUAGAUAAAUAAUGGCAACUUAGAUAAAUAAAAAAAAGAUCGAAUCUUUAAAUGAUUUUUUACUUUAUAUUUUUUGCAUAAUAAAUCCGUACCAAAAAUUGUUUCCGUUAAUUAUCAGGGCUUAACUUAAUAAUAUACUGUGGUCGAACGCUGAAUGAAUCUCCUAUUUUGUUUUCAUGAUCCAUGACUUAACAAAAAGUUCUUUUAUGAUUUCUCGUUAAAAUUGUCAAUUCUGUAUUUGUUUGAUUUUCUUCUAUUCAGGACACAUUCAUCGCGUUUGAUAUUCAUUUUUUCUGAAAAUAUUCAAUCAGCUCAUGUCAUAAUAUAUUUAAUUAAAUGUUUAAAAUUGUUGAAUAAAUGCAUUGCGAUUUAAAAAAA